AUGAGUGGUCCGCCCUCAAUAGACCGCAUUCUCUCCAACAAGGGUGUGCAUGAAGAGAGGGAUGGCGACCAGAAUGAUGACCCCAAGAGUGAUGGGAAGAAACACAGAAGUGAUGCAAAAUGUUCAGAUGGUGAUGACAGUAAAAGUGCCAAAACACACCAAAAGAAGACAGACAAAGAGAAGAAUGAAACGAUGGAAGCACUCCUGACCGAGGAAAAAUGUAACAGUAAUGAUGAUGAUGAUGGUUUCACUGAGAUGAAACAAAAGGAUGGAUAUAAAAAUAUGCUUGUUGAGGAGAAGGCAGCUACAAAUUACUGUCAGAAUGAUCAACCAGCAAAAGUCAAAGUUCAAAAUGACCUGGCAGGUGAUAUAGACUGGUCAGAGAGUGACUACAGCGAGAUUGAGGAAAUAAUCGACAGUGACACUGAGGACAUUAGUGAAGAAAUAAAGGAAACGAAUGAGGAGGAGGAGGAGGUUGAAGAUAAGACAGAUAUUGAGAGUGAUGAGAGAACAGGAAGAAAUGUGAUAAGAAGUGAAUGUGAUGAUGAUAAGAGUGGGAAAUCAAACAUGAAGAAAGGCAUGGUUGACAAAGACAAUACGGACAACAACGUUGAGAAAGAGAAAACAACCCAAAGCAACACAAAGAGAGAGGAGGGUGACAGAAAAAAGGGUCAAAGCCAAGACACAGAGACAUACAAAACCAAUGGAGCGACAGAAUCUGACGAGCUCACUUUGGCUCCUAGAAAGGGGUCAGAUAGCAAUGACAGUGAGAGUGUCAAAUCCAACCAAGAGAAAGAAAAGGAUGACCAAAAGGACAAAGGACAGUUAGAGAGUCAGGAGGAGAAGAAGGAGGACAAGAUACUUGCUGGAGCAGAGGGAGAGACUCAGCAUCCUCAGGAAGACCAAUCGGAAACGUGCAAAGAUUUUUCAAUUUUCGCAGCGGCAAUGGUUAAGACUCAGGGCCCAGACGAGGAUCAACUAGAAAUUGAAGGAAAGACUAACGACACUCAGACAGACCAGGCAGCAAAGGUCAAAGGUGAAAAGGACCUGGACAAUGACUGGUCAGAGAGUGACAGUGAGACUGAGGAAAUUGCAGCUGAUUUUGAGAUUGAUGAGGAAACAGACCAACCAGCAAUGUACGGAGGUAAGAAGGCAGUAAGUGGAAUUACAAUGAGGAAUGCUGAUCUUGGUUGA